AACAGAGAGGCUGCUAUGAUUCUUCCUCUAUAAAAGCAUUCUAACUAAGAAGUGGCGAAAGACUGGGUAUUGGUUUUAAAGGAGGAUAUUUGGACAAAGUGGACACAAAAGAGUCCUUCCACCUGGAGCUUGUACAACUGCUGUCUGUCUCUGUUGUCAGACAUAACCGACAAGGGAUAUGAUCUUUGUCAUUCCCAGCGCAACCACAGCUCCUGCUCCCUUCAACACCAUGGUUCGUUCCAAGAGUUCCAAGUCAUCCGGGACCUGCUGUAACCUGGUGAUGGCACUGCUGACCUUGUGGUCCAUGGUCUCCCUCAUCGUUAUCGUGGUGUGGGCCACCUCUCCUCACAUGAAGGGCGUGGCCCAGUGCGACGUAGCCCAACAGUCCCUGACGGAGAAGAUGGAGGGGGCAAAGGUUGUGUGGGAGAAGGAAAAGCAGGCCUUGCUGGAGUCUAUAAGGCUGAGCCAGGAGAACCAGACCACACUGCAGCAGGAGAUGGAGGUUUUUGCUGAGACACUGAGAGAGAAUAACGUGUCCCUGAGCCUCAGCCUGCAGGAGAAUGCGAUGCUGCAUGCGAAUGAAACAGCACGAAGGAAUGCUAUUUUCCUGCACAGAGACACACAGAGAAAUAUGUCCCUAGAUCUGAGUCUACAGAGAGACCAUUUUGAGUGGUUACAAUUCAACUUCACCCAAGCUGUCCACCAGUCCCACUCCUGCUCUGCUUCAUGUGAUGCUUCAAAUAGCCAGGCGGUAGCAGCAACGAGUCAAAUGAAAGCCUGCGAGUCCAGCAAACACUAUAUGAUGACACAAAUGGAAAGAAGAGGUUGCAAGAUCAAUGGUAAUUCACCACAAGAAUCACUUCUGUUUAUUGCUCAUACACACUAUGAUUGAUAACCUCAUAUAUGCAGGCUUGUAUCAAACCAACAUGGCAUAAUAGUUUGCAAUUGCUUUAGUUUAUCCGUGUCCUACUGUCGUUUUUCCCCCUACUUUCGCUCAGUAUUGUCAUCCAGAGCUUUUUAACUGUGAGGAGAGAACAAGGAUGGCCUCAUUGUUAAUCUGAAGGGUUUAUUAAUUCAUGUGAUUAACACAUACUUGUUUCACCGUGCUCUGUGUGUACUGUUAUAUAUGAUAUUUCUCUGUAGGGUUGGAAACAUGUUGCACUGUGUCUGUGUUGUGUUAUUCCUCUGUGGAUAAAACACUCCUGGGGGUAGAUCAGCUUUAAUAUUACAGAUAGAUGGUGGGUUCUAUCAAUGUUAUUGUCUGUAUCAUUCCUAAUCCCCCGUGUAUUUUUUCACAAUACAGUAUUACACUCAU